AUGGCUGCUGUGGGGACCGGGUUACGAAGUGAAUCUGGCAUUCUCUGGAAAGAAAACCUUGCUGCUUACUUGGUGUGUCCCGAAUGCAGGGAAACGCCUCCCAAUCUUGUAACCCCGGAUUCUCAUGAAACCAUCUGUGGAACCUGUGGACUCGUCUUGGCAGACCGAGAGAUUGACCAACAUUCUGAAUGGCGCACCUUCUCGAACGAUGAUCAAAACAAUGAUGACCCUUCUCGUGUUGGAGAUGCCGUGAAUCCUCUCCUAAAUGGUAACCAGCUUGAGACUCAAAUUUCAUAUGGUGUUGGAGGUUCUCGAAGUCGGGAUUUGCACCGUGCACAGAACAAAAUGUCCAGUGAGAAGACUAAUAAAACUUUACUGGCGGCGUACAAGGAAAUUGGUGCACUCUGUGACGGGUUCAACAUCCCGAAAAACGUUGCCGAUACUGCCAAGUACUUGUUCAAAAUUGUGGAUGACGCAAAGGCAUUCAAGGGGAAGUCGCAGGAUGUGAUCAUUGCGGGCUGUAUCUUCAUUGCCUGUCGCCAGUGCAAAGUUCCUCGUACCUUCACGGAGAUUUUUGCCGUGACACGGGUUACGAAGAAGGAAAUCGGGCGGAUCUAUAAGGCUCUUGAAAAGUUUUUCACUGCCCAGAACCUGGAGCGAAUCAAUUCCGUGGUUUCCAGUGGCGGCGUUCCUGACCCCAACGAGACUUACACUGCCACAACCUCCACCAAGCCUAGCGACCUCUGCAACAGGUUUUGCAAUCUGCUCGAUCUUCCCUUCCAAGUUACCAACGUGUCUUCUGCGUUGGCUGACCGAGUUACAUCCACUGGUGAGCUUGCCGGUCGGUCUCCAUUAUCUAUCGUGGCAGCGUCGAUCUACAUGGCUUCCUUUUUGAUGGGUCAGGGAAAAUCUGCCAAGGAGAUCUCCACCGUUGCGCAUGUUAGCGAUGGGACGAUCCGGGGAGCCUACAAGCAAAUCUAUGCUGAGAGAGAGCGACUCAUUGACCCCGCUUGGAUCAAGGAUGGUAAAGGUGACAUGAAAAAUCUUCCUCCCAGCUAG